AUGGAUCGGUCGUACAUUCUGAUCGAAGCAGAUUCUGGAGUCCUCGGAGAAUACCACCAGUCCAGGCGGAACGAUGAGAAUCCUACCGCGCGUGAUCGAAUGCAAGGCGACAGGGUUGCGCUCCCAUUCCGGGGUGACGGGUCGCCAGAUGCACCCUCGAAGGCCUGGACUAUAAUGUGGAAAGAGACUUACAGCAAUCUAUACGGAUGGGUUGUCCCGAACAAGAUGCGCCGUUGGGGUUAUAUCGUCUGGGACGCGGCAACACUGAAGGCUACGGGUGGAUAG